AUGCUACCUUCAGCACGAUUUCAGCAUAUACAUCUUGACUUGAUCGGUCCCUUACCGUUAUGUUCUGGGUACAGGUACUGCCUCACGAUUGUCGACCGCUUCACCCGUUGGCCUGAGGCGUACCCACUCCAGGACAUGACAGCUGAGACGUGCACCAUCGCUCUAACAAAUGGAUGGAUUUCACGCUUCGGAUGUCCAGAACACAUCACCACAGAUCGCGGCAGACAGUUUCUAUCGCACACUUUCAAGGAGCUCGCCGCGCUGGUCAGUGCAACACACCACACUACCACAUCUUAUCACCCAGCUGCCAAUGGUCUAGUGGAACGACUGCACCGCCAACUGAAGACCGCCAUCACUUGCCACUCGUCUUCAAACUGGGUUGAAGUUCUACCAUGCGUCCUCCUCGGUAUCCGCAGCGCCUGGAAAGAGGACUUGCAAUCAUCGGCAGCAGAGCUAGUCUACGGUGAACCACUCCGUUUGCCUGGACAGUUCUUUUCCCCAAAUCCCAAUACGGAGACGGACCCGACCACCGUGGCUGGUCGACUACGCGCGCACGUCAGUAGAUUGACCCCACAACCUACGUCUUGGCAUGGCAGUUCCAGUCGAAUAUUUUAUGUGCCCAAAGACCUCAGAACUUCGACGCAUGUCUUCGUCCGCCAAGGUCCCGCAAGAAGACCACUCGAAGCACCCUACUCAAGCCCCUUCAAAGUCGUGAGAUGUGACUCCAAAACAUUCGACGUAGAAAUCCAGGGCAGGACUCAAAGGAUCUCAAUUGACCGCCUAAAGCCAGCGUAUGUUGCCAGAGAGACCGCAGAGACCAUUCCACAAAACCGAAGUGACUAUGGUCAAACUACCACCAAAACGACCCGAAGCGGACGCGCAGUAAGGUUUCCGGAUUACUAUCGCCCGUAG